CGAGGAGGAAGCAUGCUGGGCGCGCUGCUGGGCGCGCUGCUCGGCGCGCUGCUCGCCGCGGCGGGGGCGGCGAGGCCCCCGCACAGCUGCCGCGCGCUCGAGGUGUCAGAUGAUGCGUUGACCAGCCUGCCAGGGGCCAGUGUCACCCUGACCUGCCCAGUAGAAGAACUUGCAGACAAUACCACUGUUGACUGGAGGUUCCAUGGCUCACCACACAGAAGGUGGGCUGGUGUGGGCAAGAGGCUGCUUCUGAGAUCAGUGGAGCUCAGUGACACCGGGAACUAUUCGUGCUACCUGGAUGGCCACCUGGCGGGGACCGUGCGCUUAUUGGUGGAUGUUCCUCCCACGAGACCCCAGCUCUUCUGCUUCCGGAAGACCCUCGUCCACAAUGUUGUUUGUGAGUGGAGUCCUCCCAGUGCCCCUUCUCCAACCACCAAGGCUACACUGUUUGUGGAAAAGUUCCACAACCGCCCGAUGUUCUUCCAGGAGCCCUGCCAGUAUUCUCAGGAAUCCCGGAAGUUCUCCUGCCAGUUGGCCAUUCCACAGGGGAACAGGAUUUUGCAUUCAGUGACCCUGUGCAUCGCCAACAGUGUAGGCAGCAGGUUGAGUGAAAAUAAGGCAUUCAGUGGCUAUAAAAUCUUGCAGCCCGACCCUCCUACCAACAUCAAAGUCACUGCUGUGGCUGGAAACCCCCGCUCGCUCAGUGUCACCUGGCAAGACCCCCACUCCUGGGACACAGAUUUCUUCAGGCUACAGUUCGAGCUCCGAUACCGGGCUGAAUGGUCAAAGUCAUUCACCACGUGGCUGGUCAGAAAUUGUCCGUAUCACUGCAUCAUCACCGAUGCCCUGCGAGGCGCCAGGCAUGUGGUACAGCUCCGAGCCCGGGAGGAAUUUGGGCAUGGCCAGUGGAGCAACUGGAGCCAGGAGGCCUUGGGCACUCCGUGGACAGAACCUAGGAGUACUCCAGCCGUGACCCAGUUCCCUGCUGUGCAGACCACUGAUGAUGAAGAGGAGGAAGAUGCCUAUGGGAAUUCUCCAAAAGCAACAAGUCUCCCAGUACAAGAUUCCUCUUCCUCAUCACUGCCCACCUUUCUGGCGGCGGGAGGCAGCCUGGCGUUUGGAUCCCUCCUCUGCAUUGGCAUUAUCCUGAGGCUCAGGAGGACAUGGAAGUCACAGGCUCUGAAAGAAGGCAAGACAAGCAUUCAGCCGCCAUGUUCCUUUGAGCAACCCAAGCCCACCAUAGUGCUUGUCCCUCUCCUCGCCACACCAUUGCCACCGGGCCAUCCUGGGUCCAUCAGCACUUUGAGCCACAGCCAACCAGAUGCCAGGAACCCACCGAGUGCUCAUGACAUCAGCAACAGAGACCGCUUCUGCCCCAGAGAACUGUCUGGGUGACAGUACCAGCUGGUUCAGCGCAGGGUGCUUCUCAUUGCCAUUCCUGCUCACCUCUGGGUGGAGGCUGUCAGCCUCACUGUCACCGAAGAGCCUUGUGGAGACCAUUGCGUUUUCAAACCUCCCUUCCCAAAUACUCUACUUUGUGGGGGGUGGGGGGUCAGUCACAAGGAACCCAGGAGGCUAUGUGGAGUCUCCAUUGGACACGGUGUGGAGGAGCUGCUGGUCACCCACACACCCCGCAAGCUACAUCCUCAGCAAGAGGAUGGCCAUCCAUUUACCCAUCCCUUGGUCCACUGCGUAGCUGAAUCUCCUAGCUCGAAUUCAACACCCAAGUGCCUUUGCCAUUCUGUUUUUGGAGGCCUGAGGAUGGCUUUGUAUGAGUCUCAGAGGCUGGGGAGGGAGCUCUUUCCUGCCUUUCUUAUCCACACUUGAAAAACAUGCAGCAGGCGGGGUGGGGAAAGUUCCAUGAAUAAUAUCUCAGGGCCUGAUGGUUUUAAGUGGAAUCAUAAUUAGUUCCUCAUUAGCAUUUUGCUAAAUGUGAAUGAUAACUCUAGGCAUUUGCUGAUUACAGAAACAACUGUAUUGGCUUGAUUUCCCUCCAUAGAUCUCAGGACGUUGGGAGGAGAAAGUUGGGGAGCUCUGGUUCCUUGUCAUAGGUGAAGUGAGGGGCAGAGCCUUGAAAAACCAGUGUUCCCAGUCUCCCUUGAGUAACCUCGGGUGAUUUGCUGGCGGGAGGCUCUGCCGGUGCAGAGAGCAAAACCAUUUGACUCCAGCGGUUGUUGAUUCCGGUUUCAACGGGACCUGAGCCGCUAGGAGAGAUGAUAUUCAUG